CUGCGCGUAUUUAGGGACUACGAAGCAAAGACACAAAUCAGGUGCACAUUCAGCCACAAGUGGAUUUGAACGGGUAACAAGUGAAGGCUACUAUUGUCAGUCAGUAAAGUUCGCAAGAGUUUAAUAAAUAUAUAUUUUUUUAGCUAAUAUGGACUGGAAGUUGAAUAGAUAUUCGCGUUUUAAAGUGAAAACCGAGGACACGGUGCUUUGGGAGAAAAUCACGAGGAGACUGCUGGUGGAUUUCAGGACGAAGAGGAGACAUUGCCCCGUUCCCACUACACAAAAGACAAGCACGGAGGCGCCUCAUCUCUCAGCAUCGUACAAGCGCUUCAAGAGUCGGAUGGUGACCAGGCGGCUGAGCGCAGAGCAGCCUUUAGCCAGUAGCCCCAUGGUCGCCAGGGGGCGCCAUUCUCCCUGCCGGGAGUUCGACACGGUCUGUCAGAGACUGUCUCUGGAUUCACCGCCAGGGGGCGCAGCGAGAACAAAACUACAAGAGCAGAACACAGAGACAAGCCUUCAAGACGCAGUGACGGAGGCUGGAGUGUCAGACCUAUCACAGCGUGUCGUCAGAUCUGUCACCGCAGCGACCACUUACAGGAGGAAUGUGCCUAAACAGGACUGGGUGUGUUCUGCGUCUGGAGAACGGGACAGAUGCUCAGAGAAGCCGUUCUCUGUCCUGUAUAUGGCUCCCUCUGCUCCAGACCAGUCUCCAGACCAGUCUCCAGACCAGUCUCCAGACCAGUCUCCAGACCAGUCUCCAGACCAGUCUCCAGACCAGUCUCCAGACCAGUCUAAACCACAGCUGACUCUGGCACUGCCCUCUCUGCAGGAUGACUACUACAGCCACCCGUUGGACUGGAGUAGCAGUGGUAUUGUGGCCAUAGCCCUGGGGUCCGAUGUGUUCCUGUGGAAGGCAGAAACACACACUCUGCAGGGCUGCAUCCACCCCAGAGCAGCACCUUCUCUCCCACUGAGCCUGUGUCAUUCUGUCUCCUCUGUGUCCUGGAGCAGAGAUGGAUGUACACUGGGCAUCGGGACCAAGGAGGGGGACGUACAGCUGUGGGAUGUGGAGAAGAGGACCAGACUCAGAACUAUAACGUCACACCUCUCUGGAGUGGGAGCGCUUAGCUGGAACCAACACGUACUCAGCAGCGGUUCUGUUCUCGGGCUAAUCCAUCACCAUGACUACCGACUUGGCACCCCGACAGUGGGUGUGUUCCACCAACAAGGGUCCGUGUGCGGGCUAGAGUGGGCGCCGCAAGGAGAUUGGCUGGCCAGUGGCUCAAUAGAAGGCCUCCUCAACAUCUGGACCAAUGACCUGGGGUCUAAGACGAAGACACACCCACCUGCCAGGACAAUGACACAACCCAGUGCAGUCAAGGCUAUGGCAUGGUGUCCUUGGCAGAAGGAGCUGAUCGCCACGGGAGGGGGGCAGAGCGACGGUGUUCUGAGGAUCUGGAAUAACCAAUCAGGUACCUGCGUUGACUCCGCCCAGACUAACUCACAGGUGUGUUCCAUGGUCUGGUCAGAGGAGAGGAAGACUCUGUUCACUGGCCAUGGCCUUCCUCAUCACCACAUUACCUGCUGGAGCCCCUCCCCCUCACUGGAACAGGCCUACCAGCUACAUGGUCACAUGGAUCGUGUUUUGCACCUGGCCCUCAGUCCCAGUGGAACCAAGCUCCUCUCAGCUGGAGCAGACUGUCUGGGCCAUGUCUGGAACACCUAGAACACACGACCCCUGGAACACACGACCCCUGGAACACACGACCCCUGGAACACACGACCCCUGGACCACACGACCCCUGGACCACACGACCCCUGGACCACACGACCCCUGGACCACACGACCCCUGGACCACACGACCCCUGGACCACACGACCCCUGGACCACACGACCCCUGGACCACACGACCCCUAGACCACACGACCCCUAGACCACAGCACCCCUAGACCACAGCACCCCUAGACCACAGCACCCCUAGACCACAGCACCCCUAGACCACAGAACCCCUAGACCACAGAACACCUAGAAUCAACGCAGACACACACACACACACACACACACACACACACACACACACACACACAAGAUAUGUAUGGGCUGUUCUCAUGAGAAAUGAUUCAGGUGCUUGAGGUUUGACUUCCAACAAAAACAGAUCCUCUCCGAGCCAGAUGAAAUGACACCUGAGCCUUUCUGAGAGAUGUAUGUGAAUCAAAAUAACAUCAAAUUGUAUUGGUCACAUACACAUGUUGAGUAGAUAUUAUUGUGGGUGUAGAGAAAUGCUUCUAUUGUCAGAUCUGGCCACGACUGGUUCUAACUUUCCCAGUAAUUUGUCUAACUGCUAAGAUCAGUCAAAUGAUUGGAUAUGUUUGUGAUAACAUGAUGUUCGUUUGAUGUUGUUUUUGUAUUUUUCAUGACUAAAAAUAACUGUAUAAAUAUGUUUCUUUGAUGAAACAAGAGUACACAUUUUGGGGCUUUUAUCACAUUAAAGCAUACAAUAGACCCCG